GCGUGACAAUCUACUCCCUCGGCACUCCUAACGCCUGGCAGCCUCCAUCGAUGCACUCGAAAGCUCGGCUGACGCUGCCUGGCGGUGAAACCAGGAAGGCGGUGAGCUUAAACUGAAGUAAGUUCUGUGGACGCCGGCGGCGCCCAGAUUUGAAGAAGCGUUUCCAGAUCUGCGGCGCUUGUAAGUCUACGGGAGGUGUAAGCCCGAAGGCCGGAAUCCAGAAAUGGGACGCCGGUCAUCUGAUACUGAAGAAGAAAGCAGAAGCAAGAGAAAAAAGAAACACCGUAGACGGUCUUCUUCAAGUAGUUCUUCAGAUAGUAGAACAUAUAGCCGAAAGAAAGGUGGAAGGAAAUCAAGGUCAAAGUCAAGAUCUUGGUCCAGAGAUCUUCAGCCUCGCUCACAUUCUUAUGAUAGAAGACGCAGGCAUCGAUCGAGCAGUAGCUCUUCUUAUGGCUCUAGAAGAAAACGAAGUCGAAGUCGUUCAAGGGGUCGAGGGAAAUCCUAUAGAGUUCAGAGGUCUAGGUCAAAAAGCAGAACAAGAAGGUCCCGAUCAAGACCACGUCCACGUUCCCAUAGUCGAAGCAGUGAAAGGUCCAGUCACAGAAGAACACGUAGUCGGUCUCGGGAUAGAGAACGACGUAAAGGCAGAGAUAAGGAGAAAAGAGAAAAGGAAAAGGAUAAAGGCAAGGACAAGGAAUUACACAGCAUCAAACGUGGGGAAUCUGGAAGCAUCAAAGCUGUAUUAGAACAUCUGCCACCAGCUGAACAGGCCAAAGCAAGACUACAACUGGUUCUUGAAGCUGCUGCAAAAGCUGAUGAAGCAUUGAAAGCCAAAGAAAGAAAUGAAGAAGAAGCAAAGAGAAGAAAGGAGGAAGGUAAAGACCAAGCCACCCUGGUAGAACAAGUAAAAAGAGUCAAAGAAAUUGAAGCCAUUGAAAGUGAUUCUUUUGUUCAGCAAACAUUCAGAUCAAGUAAAGAAGUCAAAAAGUCAGUGGAACUUAGUGAAGUGAAGCAUGCAGCUGCAACAUCAGGACCAGCAUCAGUAGUGGCUGACCCACCGAGUAAUGAAAAAGAAAUAGACCCUAGCAGCAUCCCCACUGCUAUCAAGUACCAAGAUGACAAUUCUCUGGCCCAUCCAAAUUUAUUUAUUGAGAAAGCUGAUGCUGAAGAAAAGUGGUUCAAGAGAUUAAUUGCCCUCCGACAGGAAAGGCUAAUGGGCAGUCCUGUGGCCUAAAGUUAUGUUCAUCUGGUUGAAUUAACAGUAACAUUGGAAAUUUAGGUUUUUAAAUCCCAGUACUAACUCUUAAAAAUAAGAUAGCUUAUUAUAUAAAAAGGUAACCUCAUUUCAUUCUUUUCUCAUGUAGGCUUGAAUAUUUGUUGAGAUGAACUUAAUCAAAUAUUGUGAAUAUUAAAACUAGUGUAAAGUUUAAGAAUGCAUGAAAAUGUCAUACUGUUAAUAAAGCUAAUCCUGAACAUA